GCUUAUGGAAGAGAAAUAUGUUAGGAUAUUUGAUCAAGUGUUAGAGGAGUUCAUGAAAGUUCUAGAAAUGCUUAAACAAGACGCAUUUACGAAUGAUGAGAGCUUCUGCUUGCAGACUUUUACAAAGUCAUUUUUGAGGCAAUUGUUUGAGGAGGAGAAAAAUAAACUGGAAAAGAGCAUUGCAGAGCAAGUAUGCCACAAGCAGGCGCUAUUUUAAAAGUAUGGUACAGAGCCAUUUAUGAUGGAUGACCCUCGCCAGAUACAGUGCAAGGCAGUGAUUUUCCUUAAAAGUGUUAAAAGAAGAUUUAAAGAAGAACUUAACAAAAAACCAGAGAUUAAAUUGUACAUCUUUAAUGAAAUGAUGAAGGAGGAAGGAGGCAUAGACAAGAAAAAAGAGAUUGAAUUGAAGACAAGAAAUGUAAAGAAAAAACAGAUGGAGAGACAGAGAAUGUUGAUGAUAGAGGUUUUCAAAGAACUUAAGAUUGAACUGAUGACAAGAAAUGUAAAGAAAAAACAGAAGGAGAGACAGAAAAAGUUGAUGACAGAGGUUUUCAAAGAGCUGAAGAUUGAAUUGAAGACAAGAAAUGUGAAGAAAAAACAGAUGGAGAGACAGAGAAAAUUGAUGACAGAGGUUUUCAAAGAGCUGAAGAUUGAAUUCAAGUCAAGAAAUGUAAAGAAAAAACAGAUUGAGAGACAGAGAAUGUUGAUGACAGAGUUUUUUAAAGAGCUCAAGAUUGAAUUGAAGUCAAGAAAUGUAAAGAAAAAACAGAUGGAAAGACAGAGAAUGUUGAUGACAGAGGUUUUCAAAGAGCUUAAGGAAACCUGUAAAAAAGAUCAGGAAAGAUAUGAACCAUUUAUACCAAGGAAACUUUUCCUGUUCAAUAUAGAAAGUUUUAAAAAUUUUCCUCAGACUGUUGAGGCUGCACGGUCUGCACCUAUCAGUGAUGUUACAGAAUCUGAGGAAAACAAUGACACUGCAAGUGAAGAAACUAUGCCUUCUUUGCCAAAGAAGAAAACAAUAAAAGACAGAGUUAGAAAAUUCUUUGGAUCAAAAUGAGAGGCACAGUAAUCUGUUGGAACUAUGAAGUUCAUAAAGAUAGAAGUAGAAAUUCACCUUUGAAAGACAUUUUGAUACAUCAACUGGAAAUUAACUAAAAUGUGUCAUUUAUUCUAGAAUACUUUUGUAAUGAAAUAAGAUAUUUAAAGCACACU